UCAAAUUUGACUGCGAUCGUCAUUAUUGCUUUAGGAAUCAGCCUUGCUUGAGGCUUGGCAUGUUAAGUCUACCAUUGCCCACAACGACACCUCAUAGCUAGACAAGAGGCACUCGGUUCCUCUGAGAAGCCCCGGCUCUCGAAUUGAAGCCAUGGCUGCGCACGGCCAAUUCGAGCUGCCAGCUCGUCGGACAGUGCGAAGCCAGAGUGUUGCGAGCGACCGAGUUGUUACCGCUGGAUAUUCUUUUCUUCAGGCGCCGCCUGUUUCAGUCAAUCCAGGUCCUGCAUAUAUUGCUCCUGCUGCUGCGUCGCAAAUUGCUACGGCCCACCAUGUCGCUUUUAUCCAAGAGAGGUCCGGCCGCGAAUCGGGCGGUCCAACAGGGGAUGUGGCCAUCAUUGCUCCUGUCGCAUUAUCUUUGAUCAAUACGUUCCUGGAUCACCUCCUCUAUACAAUCUUAUCGGUAUCUCGAUCAACCUCACUGCCGGCCAUCAAACCCGCGCUCUCCGACAUUCUCCGACCCAAGCUCGCACGAGACGCAAUCGCCGAGGCUGAAGAAGAGCUGGAAGGCUUUCUGGACGGUGGCGAGAGCGAGGAGCUGCUGGCCGCUCAAGGCUUUCACGAUAUUAGAGGAAACUGGGAUUUGGAACUUGUAUGGAAGCGUACACGCCUUCGGUGCAUGGUCUACUCCAGAUUAGGCGACCUCGAGGAAGACGACGAGGAGGUCUUCAACGAAGAAGCCCAGCUCGAUGAAUUCGCCGGGGCUCACCGACCAUUCUCCGCCGAUUCCGAUGUGAUCUCUUCACCAGUAGCCAUCUUCCUCGCUUCUGUGAUCGAGUUUAUCGGUGAGCAGGUGCUCGUUGUCGCUGCCAAAGCAGCAUUUGACCGUUUCCAACUGAGUAAUGCAAAGUUGGACCAGCAACAGAACUCCGCUACUGCAGUACUUGGCACGGGUCAUGUGGUGAUUGAAGAGUUGGAUGCCGAAAAAGUAGCCAUGAACCCCACCCUUGGACGAUUAUGGCGCGCUUGGAGGAAGCAUCUGCGAUCUGCAUCGACGCCCUUUGCAAGACCAAUGUCCCGCAACUCCAUUUUCCGGCAGAGUAACCUCUCCUCAAUGGCCAGCCCAAGCAGUCUUCGAAGUAGUACAGCUACUCCUGACGGCGGCCACGCGGCUAGUCGUGAACCCCCCACAACUUCUCUACCAGAGGAACCAAUCAGUCAAAAUGUGGAGUCUUUGGCUUAUCCGACCGAAGGUCCGAAAGACUCCAGUGGCUCAAAUGCACAGGAUCAUGCUGGUGAUGAAAUCGGGAACGUUUCUGUUUCGAGAAUCAGGUCUCAGCGGCGACCACACAGCAUGUUCAUCCCGGCAGGCUUGCCCGCCGCACCAGUGGCCGAGGGCGAAUCUUUCUCCACGAGUACGAAUAACAAGAGACACUCGUUUAUGCCAACAACUCGCUAUAUGCGCUCGAGGUCACUGCCGUCCAAUGAACGGAAGCCCGACCUCUCAUUUCUACCAGAAGAGCCUUCCACUAAGCCAUCUAUCCCUUCAAUCCAAGAGCAUGACGCGCAAAAUUCUCAUCUAAGAGACCUUCUUGCCAAUAUGGUUGCUAAUGCAAGUGCCAUCGGCACCUCAGCCUUGGAAGGCAUUACCGCAGCAGCAAAGGGAGAGGCCCCUGAUGCGCAAGUCACUCCUGCUGACGAGACACGGAUGGAUUUGGAUCAGAUUUCGAAUGGCAAACCUACGAGUCAGAUUAGUUACGAUGACGAAGAGCCGCAGAUCAUGAAUUCGAGCCGAGUGUCCUUUGAGGGAAGCACCCCUGUUGAAGUUGUGCAAACCAGAUCUGGGGCUCCAUCAAGCUCUUGGUCCUUUACUACGGCAGAAGCUACGCAUCGACGGUCUACUGAAGGAGAGAGUUAUAGACAGGGCCAACACGAUACCGAUGGCGAUGAGAGUGUCAUCGGCUUGGCUCGUUCAUCGGAUGUUCCGAGUCCUGUUCCCUCCAAGCGAUCUUCGUCAGUUUAUUCGUCUGGGAUUGCGGAUAUGCUGAGCCGAAGGUCAGAUCGCGAUUCGCGAGCGCUCUCAGAGCGAUCACUGGGCGUGCCAAGCGACGAGGCGUCAAACGCCGACAAGCGGAGAUCGCGGUUCGUCUUGAUGACACCGCCAGUGCCUCGGAGUCAAAGGAGCUCAGCUGCUUCGUCCCUCUCGGAGCGCACAGAAACGCCUGGUGAAGCUUCCGAACCAGGCAUGUUGGAAACUCGCCGCUCUAUUCUUGACGCGGGCAGUGCGCCACCACUCUCGCCCUUGCGGGAACUCGUAGAGGCUGCCGGAGGAGGUUCAGACGAUGAAGAUUCCGUAUUCACUGGAUACGAUACAGUUGACUUUGUACACGCAUACGAAGACAACUCGCCCGUCGUUUCAAGUUUCAAGACUGAAGGUUUUACCUCUGGUGCAGCGAAGGAGCAGGAGCCUUCACUGCUCACAAAGUCCGUGCACGAGAUGCAUUCUGAAAAUGCUCCCGGGGGUGCGAAGUUACCCACAGAACCCGCCCUAGCAUUGUCACCGCUUGAACAAUCUGUGCCUGCUGCCGCGUUGAACAACGCCUCCAACGCAAGGGAUGUCAGUGCGCAAUCUUCGCUUCAACCCAAAUCGCCAACCGCUUCAACCGCACCAUCGACAUCUGGCACCACGCCUAAUGAUGCCUCCUUCGCCAACCGUCCUCGGCAGCCCUCGUUGCCUUCCCGAGAUGCCCGAAUUCAGAAUGAGUCAACAAGAGACUUUGCAGACUUUAUCCGGUCUACAGGCCCUGCCAAUGAAGCAGUGAACCAACCUGCGGCACUCCACAUAUCUCCCCCACUUACUCCGCGACCUCCCACGUCUGUCAGCAGCAAGUCUCGCACUCCUACCAUCACCACCAGCCCGAAACGAAAAGAAAUUGGAAUGUCGCCCACCGGACUUCAUCCCAUCAUUUCCGAUGCGCGACGAGAUAUCCCGCCCUCUGCCGGUUCCUCUUCUACGCGCCGUUUUCAAGCACGCGAUGCAGCUACUUCUAAUGCCGAUACAAGCUCCGACCUCAUUGACUUCAUACGCCAAGGCCCUCCCAGCGAUCCGUACGCUCACCGUUUUGGAGGGCAAGGUAAUGGCGGGCUCAAGUCCGUUGCUCCCACCAGGACCACCAUGGACUCUGACGAGCUCUCCGUGGCAGGAAACGGGCGUUCCCGAGGCGUCGUAUCCAUGGCUAGUACGGUUGAAAGCUCAGUCAAUGCAAAAUCUGGUCACUCGUCUAUGAAUUCACGGACUGGACUUCUCAGUCAUCCAAACGGAUUCGACAAGCCUACCGCCGCCCAUGUGGGCCGACUCAUGACAUCUGACCCACCAGUCCCACAAAGAAAGCAACGUCGCGUUCGGGACCCCUAUGCCAUUGACUCUGACAGCGAAGACGAUGAGCUCGAGGAAAACAUCAAGCCAAAACGUAAUGAAGAGAGCCUCAUCGACUUCCUCCGUAACGUCCCGCCACCCUUUGAACCUGAGCCUCCUCGGCCGGUUUCCAGCCACACCCAGAAAUCUGGUCGAACGAUACUCCAAAAGAGCCCCGGGCCAAAAGCAAAAUCACGAGCUGGCGGAAAAGCAAUCUCCAAAGGUGCCAUUAGCAAGCCGACUCUGAUUCCUCUUCCUCCUCAGCAUGCUGCUAUGCCAUCCCUAACUACCAGCGGCGCACCGCAUCUAUCUCUCAACCAACAUCUGCACGACUCGCCUCUCUUGCCGGACAGUCUGCGGCUAGGAAACACCCAUCUCGACGCCAUGUCGAGAACCACGUCCAUUCGCUCAACUCAGUCGUCGAAUCCCGAUCCGGUCCGCCAUGUGUAUAUCCCGCCUUCCCGAUCUGGACCCCGAUCGGGUCCUAAUUUUCAGGCUCGCUCAGGGCGGUUGGACAAUAGCAGCACAUCAGAUCUUGCCGAUUUUUUGAAAAAUUCUGGCCCGCCCCCUGGAUGGCAGAGCCAGCCAAAGCCAUUGCCUAUCUUGGUAAAGGAAGAGAGCACUUUUUCGCGCGUCUUUGGACGUCGGAAGAAGACUGCUGCUUAGAUUCCAUAUAAUCGGUUCGAACACUACACUGUCUUUUCGGCUUUGAAAGUGUAAUUUCUGUUCAUAUCUUCCGGAUUUCAUUGACCAUAACUUUUAAUCAACAUUUUUUUCUUCUUCCCGCUUCUCGGUUGAGGUUCCAUCUGGUUUUUUUCUA